AUGGCAAUGAAAGAACCAGAGACCAUUCUUGUUACUCCUUGUCUACCUGCAAGAUGGUGGUCUAAGGAGACGGUGGCGGUGGUUACCGGAGCAAACAAAGGUAUCGGUUUUGCGCUCGUAAAGCGGCUGGCGGAGCUGGGGCUGACGGUAGUGCUAACGGCCAGAGACAACGGGAGGGGACUAAAUGCUGUAGAAUUACUGAAGAAUGAAGGGCUUCAUGUUUAUUUCUUUCCUCUUGAUGUUUCAGAACCUGCUUCCAUCAAGAUAUUUGCAUCAUGGUUCCAAGAGAAAUUUGGAACGUUGGAUAUACUAGUAAAUAAUGCAGGUGUAUCAUUCAAUGAUAUACACGAGAAUUCAGUGGAACAUGCGGAGAUUGUCGUCAAAACCAAUUUCUACGGUUCAAAAUGGCUAAUUGAGGCUCUCUUGCCGAUGUUUCGACGAUCGGAUUCAGCCGGUCGGAUUCUUAACAUCAGUUCUAGACUCGGAUUAUUAAAUAAGCUGAAGAAUCCGAAAUUAAGAGAAAUGCUUCUGGACGAAGAAAACCUAUCAGAAAAUCAAAUUGAUGGAAUGGUGAAAUUAUUCAUUCAAAAUGUAAAGAGUGGGACAUGGAAGAGCCAUGGAUGGCCAGAAGUGUGGACUGAUUAUGCAGUCUCAAAGCUUGCACUCAAUGCACAUUCAAAGAUUCUGGCAAAGCGUUUUCAGGGGCUUGGGUUAAGUGUUAAUUGCUUCUGUCCUGGAUUCACUCAGACUUCCAUGACUGGUGGUAAGGGCAAGCACACGUCCGAAGCCGCUGCGGAGGUGGCUGCCUUCCUUGUCUUGCUUCCGCCGGAAAAGUUGCUUACCGGGAAAUUCUACGUGGCAUCUAGCACACUUGUUUAUUCCAAGUUGUAA